AUGAGUUGGAUCACAACCCUCACGGGCUACUUGGCCCCCGUCUUCAUCGUUCUCUCGCCCAUCAUCUCCUACAGCGACCAGGUGCUGGCCAUGCACCGCUCCAAGAGCAGCGCCGGCUUCUCCCUCGACAUCCCCCUCAUCAUGCUGGUGGCCUCCUUUCUGAGGAUUUUCUACUGGCCGCAUGCCCAAUAUGACAUGAGCUUGCUCUUCCAAUCGCUGCUCAUGGUUGUGGUCCAGGUCGUCCUGCUCAAGGUCGCUCUAGACCACCGCCCGUCCCCCUCCACCAAGGGAGGAGAGGCCGCGCUUCCGUUUUCCGGGGCCGAGGACGGCGGUUCCGGGUUCCAGCGCCCAUACAACUUUUGGCAAUGGCGGUCGCCUAAGCGGUACUGGCAAGCCAUCAUCUAUUUCGCCGCCGGCCUCGUCGUGCUUCAGGCUCUCCUCUCGCAGAUGCCCGCGAUAUACGGCACAUAUUCCGAUACCAUUGGCUACAUCGGACUCGCGGUCGAGGCGACACUCCCACUACCCCAGAUCCUAGUAAACCUUCGUUCAAGGUCCUGCAAGGGCCUCCGACUAUCUGUCCUAGCCAGCUGGGUGGGAGGCGAUUCCAUGAAGCUGUUCUGGUUCUUCACGGCGACUAGUGAGAUCCCGUGGUCGUUCAAGAUCUCUGGCAUUUUCCAGGCAUCGUGCGAUGCGUUCCUGGGUCUCCAAUACCUCAUGUACGGCAAUGCACAGUUACCAUCGGCCGUCAAGGAACACCCGCUGACAGAGUGGUCGUCAGCGCAACCCGUAACCGGGGCGCCGAGGCGGAGCUUGAGCCCUUCCCGGCGGUCAGCGGCUUUCAACGACAAGGAGGUAGAGUAG